AUGUAUCCAACUGGUAAAGUGCCUUUGUUGUUACUGGAAAAUGGAAAACAAUUACCAGAAUCGGAUGUAAUUAUGCGUCAUAUAGACAGUGCAUAUGGUUCAAAUGUUUUACUUUCGCGUUGUGGAGUUGAAGGGUUUGAAAAAGCAAUUGAACUUGCAGCUCAAAUUUCUCGACCACAAUACAUGAUUGUAUUCGGGCAUAAAGCAUCCCCUGAAGAUAUAUCACUAUACCAGGAAGCAUGCAGCAAGAUAGAUAGUGUUAUCAAGGGCCCAUUCUUCACAGGCUCUGAUCUAAGUCUAGCUGACUUACUUUUAUUUCCACAUUUGCAUCGAUUUGAAAUUGUUAUUGGUCGAAUUAAUGGUAAAGAACCAGAAGCUAUUCAUGAACUAGAUGCCAAUGAUGAAUUACGUAAUAAAUGGCCAAAGCUUAUAGGAUUUUUGGAUAUAAUGAGAAAGCAGAAAUUUGUUGCUGAUGUCACUAUAUCAUGUCAACUUCAUGCACGUUAUGCAGCUGCAAUAAAUUUAGGUCAGAGUAAUCCAGAUAUAGAAUGA